AGGGUAGCAAUCCACCCAGUCCUGAAACUCAACUUUGUUUUGGUAGACUUGUAAACACUCGCGCACGCAGACACAGGUGACUACCUCGGCCACGUGCGGCAGACAAAGGCAUGCGGGGUGCAGCUACCCGGGGAGGAGAGCACCAGCACACAGACAUUCCCCGGACUGGCGCAUCCGACAGGCAGACGCCCCCCAGUCAUCACAAGCUGCUGCUAAUGAGCUUUUCCUCCCAGUCGUCUGCUGCCUGCAACUUGCAGAGAACUGGAGACGGGAGUCUGGCCAGCGGGCACGAGGGAUGGUGCAAGCCGGGAACAGUUCUCCCCUCAUCCCGCUCUGGUGUCGCCACAGUGAACUGCUGCCCUGGGGGGAUACACGGGGUACAUCGACAAUAUGGCCGUGUUCCUGUAUGUCCUUAGACGAGUCUCAGUCUGUUAAUUGUUUGAAAACUGAGAUCAAAGAAAGUGUUGUAACGGGAACUGCUUAAGACGCCAUCUUGGAAGUUUAAGUUGAAUAGAGCAGCGAAAUAUUUCAUGAUUAAUUAUAAUUAAUUAUUCAUAAUGUAACCUGUAUCCAAUGUUUGUCCAACCUUAAUGUAAACAUCUUCACUCUUCCUUACCGAGCUUCCCCUAAUAACCGAGCAAACAAUCUGCUCCACGUGUUUACUAACAUCUUUAUCCGCCGCCAGGUGCCACUGCGGUCAAUCAACUAAGACAAGGAAGGAUCUGAUGACGAGUAUCUUGGAAAGAACAGAAAGGAAUCUACGGUGACCCCUGACCCCUACCCGGGUUCGUCACGUGGAGCUCCUACAGACAACAAACAGGUCUUGCACAGAAAGUACCAAGGACUUCCUUCCGGUAGAGAAAGGCGCACUUCUUUUCUCCUCCGCCGCCCACACCUUUCCGCGGCUUCCUGUCGAGGGUGUGCGCGUGCGCGAGACAGAGCGAGAGCUGGGCGCGAGCGCCGGUGGCAGCGAGCAGCUUGGGGUGUAGACCGGCUCUGACGCAGCGCCUCAUCCUCACGUCCCGUGAUCGACACGAGCCUGGAGCCGGGAGCCUGCUGACACGCGCCGUGUGUCCAACAGCUGACUGGAUGCCAGACGAGGCUGCCUGCCUCAAUGAGGGGCGCGCGGGAGGGAGAGCACGUGGCUCGUUGUCGCUGACGUAGGUGUUGCUGUCGUCGUCGUGUGUGCUAGCCUAACCGCCCACCUCCGUGACGGGAUAUCGAUGAGAGCGGAUGUUGGCGAUGAUGUGGAGGUACGGUGCCCGGCGUCAGGUGUUGGACAUCGAUGAUUUUUUUUUUUUUUUUUUUUUUGGUAGUAAGCAUCGUUCGUGUCGUCAGUCGAUGAGAGAAGUUCGACAGGUGGUUUGAGAAGUGAGUUCGAUGUUGUCAUGGGAUAGCCUGGGAUUAAAUAUCUCGAUGAUUGUUUUCUUUUAAGCCUGUUCAUCCGUUUUCCCUGAGAGGAAGCCAGACUUAAGUGCACACCGGAGCCUUUAUCGAAAAAAAUCAUUGUUUGCAAUGCCAAGCCACAAGGUAUCACGGAGGAAAGAAAGAGAGAAAGAAUUACUCUCUUUGAAGAAGGCUAAAAGCGUUUGUCGUUUAUCACAAUAGGUUUAAAGGUCUCGAGAGCAUUCUUUAGAUAGCGCUCGUGUGUGGUUUUAACUGCCCUCGCCCGGCUCCUGAAGGCUUUUUCAAGCUCUAACGGAUGUGUAUCUGAAAUACUCGAUCCUUAGUUUAUCAGGAGGUUGUUAGUACCGCAGGCUGUUACUUCAGGCAAGUUGGAGAAUUGAUAACAGGGUAGGUGAGGGUAGGGUGAGCAUUUUGCUACUACUGACGCUUAUGGUGCUGGAAAGAGUUCAAAAUCAGUUUGGACAAUAUUUUAUAAUUUAAAAAAAAAAAUAAUUUGUGUUAAAAAGAAUCUGGACUUGUCAGGUGAAGAUAUGAGCGUGACCUUUCAGAAAAGGGGACAAGGGAGGUUGUUUGGUUGAUCGGCUGGCACCAUGGCGACGACUCAGCCAGCCGCGGUGGGCCGAGGGCUGACGAGGACCAAACAAGGAGACAACUUUCGGCAUGUCAACAACCCCAGGAAGUACCGCUUCCUCAUCGAGUCGACGACCAGCACGAGCAACGACACGACGGCCAACAACGACGAGGACACCAUCGCCACCAGCUUCACCACCGUCACGAGCGACAACGACAACAGCGAGGAUGUGGUGUUCGCGUCGCCGGCGCAUGUGAUGGUGGAGCCGGAGCCCAUCUUCGCCGUGCCCAGCGUGUGCCUGGCCGGAGGGGUGGUCCGGCGUGGCCCGGGGCCGGGGAGUAAUGAAAACCCGCCAAGGUUGGGUCACCGGUUCACCGGAGUCUGUUCUUCUGUCCGGUUGUCGUCUGCUUGUUCAAGCAGCAGCGGUAGUGGAAGCGGAAGCGGAACCGCACACGCACCGCUGGGCACGACCAGUGUCAGGCUAUUCGGCAGCAAACCGUUCGUGCGGCUGGACCGCACCGCCUCCUGCCACACGGCGACCUGUGUCAAAGGUCAACAACAACAACAAAGUCAGCUCAUCGCCAGCGACAAGUCCACCUGCAGCUCCGAGACCUCACCCAGCUCCGCCGCGUCCUCGGCGUCUCCCACCGUCACGGCUACGACCACGACGACCAGCGCCACGACAGCAUCCACAUCGGACACCAUCCCCAUCAGCGGGGGGAUCUCGCCGAUUCUGCUGUUGUGGUGCCUGUUGACCCUGCUGGUGGCUGGCACGUGCACCUUUGCCUUCCUGCAGCCGUUCUGGGUCAUGCACGUGGACCUGGUGCACACCUUCGGCAUGGUCAGCUACUGCUUCAUGGACGCGCAGGCCGAGCGCUCGCGGGAGGUGUGUUCGGCUUACGGGGGUUACCAUCACCUGGCCAACAUCCCCUCGGGUGCCUGGCAGGCCGGGUGCGUGCUGUACGGCGCCGGGUGCGUGCUGAUGUGCGUGUCCUCCUUCCUGGCGCUGUCCAACCUGCGGUUGACGGACAAGCACGUGCAACGCGUCUCCCUGGUGGCUGGGUACAUGCAGGCCGUGGCGGUCCUCAUCAUGAUCGCCGGUCUUCUCAUAUUCCCCAUGGGCUUCGGAUCCACCUUUUUCCGCCAUUACUGCGGUGACUUCGCGUCCUCCUACGACACGGGGCAUUGUCUGAUUGGCUGGAGCUACAUGCUAGGAAUCAUGGGAACAGCCUUGUCCGUCUUCUGUCCUUUCCUGUCACAAUUUACGGACAUGCGUGCUCGGGAUAUUUUUACAUAGUGUGCGUCACUUCCGGUGAUGGAUUUACCUGCAAACCGCGCAGAUGGCGCCACGGACAUAUCACGUGCCGUUCGCGGUGGAUGACUUGGGGGCCCCAGGCUCGAGGCCGUCGGACAGAUUUUCAUCAAAGAUUAUCAAAUGAUUUUUGUCGACGAUCCUCUUUAGAAGUUGCAAACAUUGUGGAUUUCGUCGGGUGGGUGCAGACGUUGACUUCCUCUGUGUUACUAAGACGUCACUUCCGCUUUCAAGAGCCUGAGUGUUCUGGUGUGAUUCAAAGGAAGCUUUACCCUUGUUGACGCGUGUCCUGUGACACAAGGUGUGGUAGUCGUUCUCUUGGUGAAGCAGACAGAGCAAACUAUAUUUCUUUGGCCAGAGUAUUGAGUGCAGACUGAACUCAGCAAACUCUCUUGCUGAAUUGUGAGGAAUAAAGCUGUUAUUAUAUCUUAUUCGUCUCCCACUGGCUGUCUUUCCUUUUCCUAACUUAGCUCUUUGUAUUCCUUUAUGUAAUCUAUUGUUCUCUCUUUCUUUCUCCCCAUGUUUAAUUAUAUUCGAUGAUCAAUUGUUUGGAUGGUUGAUUGGUUGACUGAUUGAUUCAUUCAUUGCGCGUGCGUAUCCUAUCUCAGCUUAAAUAUGUUUGUCUGUAUUCAAAUGUUAUUGUCUUUAUUAUAAAAUACUGCCUGUCUUACUUAGAAAGUCAUCUUUGUAUUUCAAAACAGUUUGCUUUGCUUAAUGUAAUAUUUUAUUAUAUUAUAUACCUUUGCGUGGAACUUCGACAGCGACACAAAUUAUAACAAAAAAGAAAAUGUUUAAAAGACUGUGUGACUUCUAUCAUCUCAGAAAGCAAUCGAGAUUAUUGCCCCCUGUGUUGCACUAAAGUCAGUUUAUUUAGGAAUAAUUCCCUUUAUUCAGCGCCAGUAAAUCGUCCAGAAUUGCAGGCUUACAUGUGUGUGAAGUGUCCGAAACAACCCUGGACUAGUUACCCUCGGGCCUCAGAUUGAUGGACGAUAACUACUCGCAACAUCCUGUUAAAAUAAAAGAUGUAACGUGUGCCAGCGGUUUUCGUGUAGUGGGAUGAACAAAAAAUAUGCUGGAACGUUAAAUGAAAAACCGGGAAACUGUUACGAUCUGCAGAUUUUCUGCUUACAUAAGGAAUCUUUCAUGGCUUCAUUUUGAUAUUUCUUUAUGUCUUAAUGAUUGACUUUGUCUCUAUCCUCAUGUCCUGGUCUUCAUUUGUUCUUGUUUUGUUUCAUUAUUAUCUUUCAACCAACGAAGCCUGAACGUGAGCACGCGCACACCACACACACAUGUUAAAGUUGUAGCAUUGUCUUACAUAUUCAAGGCAGAUUACAAAUGUUAUUGAAGAUUCUACUUUUAUGUAAAUAGCAUAAAUCUCUAUAAUAUGGGUGGACACAAAAAUUCCAUGUUUAGUUACAGAACUUAGACCUCGAGCGCCCAUGUUCUGAGGGAGGUUAUUCUGAGAACUCUGUCUUCCUGCCAUGUUUAGUGAUCUUAACGAUUCCUGCCUGUGAUUCUUCAUGUAAUGAUGAGCCCACCUUUGGAAUUCAUGUCGAAGCCACAACUAUCGGCUAAAAGAAUGCCCCCAUUUUUUUUUUUUUUUUUUUUUUUUAUUUUUUUUUGUGUUCAUUCUAUCGUUCCUUAAAAUACCACUGAGAAAAUAAAAUUAAGAAAGAAAUGUACUUAGACUGCUGAGAAACAUAACCCUGGGGUGAUGCUGUCGACUCGACUGGAAGUGUGUGACAGCUUCGACCUGAAUGCCAAAGGUCGGCUCUCAGAGACGCAAUGUCUGACGGGAUGUCUAUCAUGCAGGUGAUACCGAAAUCUUUCUUGACAGGUAACCUGCUCGUUGAAAUAAAGAUUUGAGAAGCAUU